UUGUUUUAAGAAUAAAAUAGUUUUGAAGUAAAAUAAAGUUGUUGCCUUUUAUUAAAUUCAAAGACUUUAAUUUGUAAUAACAACACGCAACCUAACAAGACAGUGUAUAAACAGAGAGUACUUUAACUAUUAUACUGAAUGUUGUAUUAGUUUGGUCUGCCUAUUUCUUAAUUGGGAUCUCCGGCACCUGCAACCUUUGUGACAUCAAACUUAACAAAAAAUAACGUUAUGGACCAAGUUUUAUGAGAUUUACAUAUGUUAAACAUAAAACAAUGUGUACUACUUUUUUAAAUAGGAAACCAUUAAAUAACAAUAUUAUAUGCUUUACAUUUUAGAGUACGACUUAGACUGUGGUAAAAAAAAAUAUUAAAUAUAAAAGUUGGGUGUUGUUAUUAUCUAUUGGCAACAUACGCCUUAGUUACAGAAAGUUACCUUGUUAUCUGCAUGGAAUAAAUAUACAUGGCAAGCAUAGUACUUAUAGCUUGCCUGGCUAUAUUGGGAUUAAUUAUUGCAAUCGCUCUUUUUCUGGCUGGAGGAUACUUGUGGUGGAGGCAUAAAAGAUCACAGUUACAGUUUAUUGAACCCAAUGAAGAUGAGGAAUCUAGUAGUUAUAGUCUUCGGGCUGCUCAGGAUAUUGUUGACUCUGGUAAUCCACCUACAAAACCGCAAGUGCCAGUGACACAUGCUAUCACGACUCCUCUUCAAAAUAAUAUUAACAGGAAAUUAAAUGGAUUUUUAAGCCUUAGAACUCCUUUGAUUGGCGGGUCGGGGGCCUCUCAAACGAAACCGCAAAUCAUUUCUUCGCUUGGAAAUCCUGGAGAUGGGACUACGAAAGAUUCUGCAAACAAAAGUAUCUCAAUGACAGACAUGUAUUUGGAUAGCACCGAUCCAAGUGAAAAUGUUGGGCAAAUACAUUUCUCCUUGGAGUAUGAUUUCCAAAACACAACAUUAAUUUUAAAAGUUCUGCAAGGAAAAGAGCUUCCAGCAAAAGAUUUGAGUGGUACUUCCGAUCCAUAUGUUCGUGUAACGCUGUUACCAGAUAAAAAGCAUAGAUUGGAAACCAAAAUAAAACGGCGAACCCUAAAUCCACGAUGGAAUGAAACAUUUUAUUUUGAAGGUUUUCCAAUUCAAAAACUUCAAUCACGUGUUUUACACUUACAUGUUUUUGAUUACGAUCGGUUUUCAAGAGAUGACUCUAUAGGGGAAGUAUUUCUUCCUUUAUGUCAGGUUGACUUUGCUGGAAAACAAUCUUUUUGGAAGGCUUUAAAGCCCCCUGCAAAGGAUAAAUGCGGAGAACUUCUCUCUUCCCUUUGCUAUCACCCGUCGAACUCAAUUUUGACUUUAACACUAAUUAAAGCGAGAAAUUUAAAAGCCAAAGAUAUCAACGGAAAAUCUGAUCCCUACGUAAAGGUUUGGCUACAGUUUGGCGAUAAAAGGGUAGAAAAAAGAAAAACGCCUAUAUUUACGUGUACAUUAAAUCCAGUAUUUAAUGAAUCGUUUAGUUUUAACGUACCAUGGGAAAAAAUAAGAGAAUGUUCUUUGGAUGUUAUGGUGAUGGAUUUUGAUAACAUUGGAAGGAACGAGUUAAUAGGACGAAUAUUAUUAGCUGGAAAAAACGGUUCUGGAGCAUCGGAAACAAAACAUUGGCAGGAUAUGAUCUCAAAGCCCAGACAAACUGUAGUACAAUGGCAUCGCUUAAAACCUGAGUAACUUCAAUACGAAUUCCUUAAUAGCGUUUAAUUAACACCAGUAGAUAUACCGGAGAACACCGUACAUUGAUGGAUGUAGAUACAUACAUACAUUAGUUUAUUUAUAGUUGCUUUUAUAGCAAUGUCAUGCCAGAAUAAUGUAAAAACGAAAAUAAUUUAAAUCUGCACAAAUUAAUGUUAUAUUGUUUACAAAAAUUUUAACUUUCGAAACAGCCAUAAAACUAUAAUGAAGUAUUUGUUCUGAUAAGAGCAAUAGUUUUGUACGUGCUUAAUACAUAUAUAUUAUAUAUAUAUAAUACUUAUAACAUAUAUAUAAUAUAUAUAUUUUUUGUAAAGACAUUAUUAUUAUACAACAUAUUAUAAACGAUUGUACAUUUGUUCAAAAAUCCUGUUAAAAACAUUGUUGCACAAAGGAGUACCUCUUUUUGAUGGAAAAGUCCUUAAAGUUAAAAAGUACAUUUUUUCUUUUCCAUCACUUUAUUUUAUUGAAGCAUAAAGGGUGAUAAGAACAAACCAUUAAAAAACAUGACCAAGUGUAAUUUUCAAGUACUUUCUUUGGAAUGAUUUUACAUAUAUUUUCCGGAGUAUCAUUUGCUUUAAAUCUUGAGAAAAUAAUCUCUCAUAUUUUAGUCCUAAUACAGUUAAAAUUUUAUAAAUGAGUUUAAAAAGAGUUACGUGGUAGAUUAUUUUUAUCAAAUGUUUAAUUAACUAUUAUAAGUUGUAAUGCCUUAUUGAAAUUAUUGAUUUUGAUAUUCGAUUUCGGCAAAAAUUUUAUUUUUUAAUAAAAAAGUAUGUAAUAAAUCGUAAAAAGUUUUGUUUUUGAAUGAGAUCUUGGUAUCCUAAAAGGAAAUCGGAAACGGUACCGGUGUUGAGUUAUACAUUUUAUGCGAUAAGAAAGUUGGAUAUGGCUAUCGAUAUAUAUUCGCAAGAAUAUAUAAAGAAAUAUAAAGAAAAUCAUUUAAUUUAUGAAAAUGUAUAUAAUACGAUCGAAUUGUUAAAUGGUAACAUUAAAUAGUUAAACAAAAAUCAAGAAAAAUGAUUGUUACGCUGUUUUUAAAUUUAAAAAAAUGCAAAAAAAAGUUCAAUAUAAUAAUUAAUAUUCUUUACUCGCAUACGGUGCCGUAUAAUAGACAUGUAGGUUAUUUGAAUAGAGAAAGAUUGCAUUAGCACAAUAAACCAGAAAAUAAACCAUUUUUAAAAGUAACUAUAAAAAAUUAGCCAACCAUUGCCGGAAUAAGCGUCAACUGCGAGAACACAAAUUAUGAGAAAGUAAGAGAGAAGAAAGAAUUAAAAAAGUAUACACAUAAUUGAUAACUUAAACUGAGUUUAAAAAACGAAAAAUCGAAAAUACAACCCACCUUGAAAUUACAUAUUUGUUAUAUACCUGUUAAAAUAUUAUUAAAAUAAUUUAAUCAUAGCAGCAAAUAAAGCAUUAAAAACAGUCAA